UCAUCUCUUUCCCAUACCACACUUAACGUUCAAUUCAGUCACCUUCCUCGACUGAAACAAACCAUUCUAUUCUCUCCUUCCCUUUUGUGGGAUUCACUCUAGCCAGCCAGCCGGAACUUUACCAUUCACAUUUGAAGGUUCCAACUUCCAACCUAUUUCCUGACUUUGUUAUCCUCCAGAGCCUGUCAAAAUAAUACCCCUUUUACCUUCUGCAGUUUCACCAUUUUCAGGCAGUGUAUUAAAACAUAUAUCCUCCAAUGGCAUCCAACUCUCUUGCUUCUUCACGUACCUCUAGCUCCACUUGGACCCCCCAGGAGAACAAAAAGUUUGAAAGGGCCCUGGCUGUUUAUGAUAAGGACACCCCUGAUCGCUGGCAGAAGGUUGCCAGAGCUGUGGGCGGAAAAUCUGUAGAGGAGGUGAAGAGGCAAUAUGAGAUUCUCAUUGAGGAUGUCAGGGACAUUGAAUCUGAUAGAGUCCCAAUUCCCAAAUACAGGUGAAAGGAAAUGUUUAAGUAAGGCUAUUGCUUUGAGUAUGAAGAGUAGAGAUAAAUACACUAGUAACUACUUACCUUCUACCUAAUACCAGAGCCAAAUAAUCGCUUUGCACUUCAGUUUUCAAAACUGCCUGCCACUUGUAUCUCUUUCACUUUUACAUUUCAGCUCUAAGUAAUCCAGUUACACAUCCCUUCGUAGCUUGGGAAUAAAGAAUAAUGCUAUUGCUCUUGAGUCCCACUUUUUCUAAAUCAUGAUCAAUGACAACAACUUCAACGGUA